CCUCAAAUAUUAGUGGAACAACUCGUGACUGUCUAGAAGCACGUCUUCACCUUGGAAAGCAGUUAGUCACCGUUAUAGACACCGCUGGUAUUCGAACAGAUUCAAACGAUCCUUUGGAAGUUGAAGGAAUUCGGAGAACGUUGAGAAGAGCUUCUGAAGCACAUUUAAUUAUUUUGGUAUUGGAUGUUUAUCAAAUGGAAAAAUUGAAAGAAGAAAAAAAUAUAAGGAAGGAAAUGGAGUUUUUACUUGAAGAAUUUUCUUAUAAACCCGAAGAACAAUUUUUAAUUGUUUGUUUGAAUAAGACUGAUUUGUUGAAAGAAGAUUUGGAUAGAAGAAAAUGGUUGGAACAAUGUAAAAUUUUUUAGACAAAUUAAAUGAUAUAAAAUUUUUGGGAGUUUAUUUUUGUUAUACAUUUGAGAAUCAAAAAAUUUGGGAUAUUGAAAAUAUGCCUGGCUUAUAGUGAUGUUCGAGAGUUAAAAAAAGUCGAGACCAAGACCAACCCCGAGACCGAGACCAAAUCGAGAGUCGAGACCGAGAGAUUAGGAGGGAUAUCACUUGAUACC